AUGAGACGAGGGGAGGGAGAGCGGGGCCCAGCGGCCUCGUGGCCCCAGCUGCAGGAAGAGGAGGGGCAGCAAGCGGAAGCUGAGGCACAAGGGCCGCAACUGCGUUGGAUAAUGGAGUCUGAAUCAAGGUCUAGGCUGCAAGGCACGGAGGCCCCGCCUGCUAUACUGCCGCGUAACCGUCGGUACUCUUCCACGCUGGCGUGGCCUGCGAGCUACGCUGACGCGCCGGCGGUUGCCCACACCAAAAAAAUCUCCAUCACUGUCCCAUUCCCACAAGGCAGUGGCGACCGCGUGCGUGAAGGGCGGUCGUCCCAGUUGGCCCCAGAGCUGGUGCUUCCGGCGUCGGUUGACGGAGUGCCACUGACGGUAAAGCAGGAGCCCCCCGUGUACAGUGUCCGUGCUGUCGUACGCCAAGAAGACCACCCGUUGUGGUCAUCCUCCCCGCAGGCGUGGCUGGAGUACCUGUUUGGUAGUACUAAGUCGAGACAAGAUUCUCUUGAGAGAGAGGACCGCAUCACCAGCCCGAAAGGAUCGGAACCACCAGUUAGGAAGGUUCGGUCUUCUUUGCCACUCACAGAAGAGUCAGGCGAAGGUGGCUGGGACACACCACACUCCACCCCAGAGGAGCGGCAGUGUACUGGGUUGCCGAUGCAGUUGUCGCCGCCGCCACAACAGCAGCCGCAGAAGGCUCUUGCGGCGGUAGGGGACCGAACAAGUUCACCGGCAGGAGAGCAACGCUUUGGUGUGACUCUUCCACGGGCGCCGCAACCAGGGCUUCAACGACUUCGACUGCGUGAGGCCGCCACGCUUGUUUCGGCGCUGCUACGUGAUGAGUGUGUGUGUCGUCAAGCACUCGUUGCAGAGGAGCGUCACGAGGCGAUUAGUGACAUUGCAAUGCCGCCAGACGCCACUUUUGGUUCGCUCCAUCCAGCGUUGUUGGCCGGCAUCGAGGAAGUAGUUAUCAUGGAAGAAAUUUGUCGGAGUUAUAUUGUAGAGGAAGAGGCCAGCCAAAUUGCCCCAAUAUGGGAUUUCUACGUCUCUGAACACCGCUGCUUGGUUACUUCGUUGGCGCCGCUAAAGCGUUUCCUGCGGCGUUGGGUUUUGUGUCACCGGGGACGUAAGGAACGGCAUUUGGCGCGGCAGAAAUGCCUCAGGGUGCGGGAGGAGAAGUCUCGGCUUGAGAUCACGCACGCAUGGCUGGGGGCCCAGCAGAGGCUGUUUGCCUCCUUAGUUGGGGCCACAGAGGCCUUGUUCCGCGCCCUCAUUGAAGAGAUGCAGCUGUGCACGCAGUACGCCCACGGAUUUGCAAGUAUUCGUCUGAAGGAGCAAGUUGAGUUGUUUCCGCUCUUGUACGGGGCAGCGAUGCCAAGAGCGGUCGUUUGUGGGCGAAUCUCUGGUUAUACCCUUUUCAAACAACUUGACCUACACGACCAGCACGAGCGCCAUUGCUUGAGCAAGUGGGAAGAGCGAGAUCGUAUUGUCAUCGCCUCUAUGAUGCAGCGGGAGGCGUUGGAGGGGUUUCUGGAAGCCCCCAGGCGCCAAAACAUAGUGGAGGAGGAGUCGGCAGCGCGUGUGAAGCUCACAUUCACGCUCUUCGCCAUGGCGGGGCGCUGUCACAGACGCGAGAUUGAAAUCGAGGAGGCCUGUGAAUGGCAGAUAGAUUUGCUUCCUCAUUUGCAUGCCGCGUCAGCGUCGGAUGGGCGGCGAGCUGAGGAAAGGCAGGCGACAGUUCUGUCACUGACAAAGAUGCAGGGCUGCCCGACGUAG